CCGAAAGUGCUGUUGUCCUGUUGCAUCUUUAUAUCAGCGCUCACAUGGAGGAAAAUGGCCCGUAUUUCAGUGGAGCAGUUCUUGUGUCCGGUGUGUCUGGAUCUCCUGAAGGAUCCAGUGACCAUCCAGUGUGGACACAGUUACUGUAAGAGCUGUAUUACAGUCUGCUGGAAUGAAGAGGAUAAGAAGAGAGUCUACAGCUGUCCUCAGUGCAGACAGACCUUCAGUCCAAGACCUGCUUUAUUUAAGAACGUGGUGUUUGCUGAAAUGCUGGAGAAACUGAAGAAGGCUAAACUAAGUGCGGUUCCUGCUGGAGCUGGAGAUGUUCAGUGUGACGUCUGCACUGGAAGAAAAUACAAAGCUGUCAAGUCCUGUCUGGUGUGUCUGAACUCUUACUGUCAGAAUCACCUCGAACAACAUGAGAGUUUGUUUAAAGGAAAGAGACACAAUCUGACUGAAGCCACUGGACGACUGCAGGAGAUGAUCUGCCAGAAACAUGAGAAGCUCCUUGAGGUUUUCUGUCGCACUGAUCAGAAAUGUAUAUGUGUGCUGUGUAUGGAUGAACAUAAAAACCACGACACUGUAUCAGCUGCAGCACAGAGGACAAAGAAACAGAAGCAGCUGAAGGAGAUGCAGAAGACGUUCCAGCAGAGAAUCCAGCAGAGAGAGAAAGAUCUCCAGCAGCUGAGAGAGGCUGUGGAGUCUCAGAAGCGCUCUGCACAGACAGCAGUGGAGGACAGUGAGAGGAUCUUUACUGAGCUCAUCCGCUCCAUUGAGAGAAGCCGCUCUGAGCUGAUACGGCUGAUCAGAGAUCAGGAAAAGCAAGCAGUGAGUCGAGCUGAAGGACGACUGGAUCGACUGGAGCAGGAGAUCAAUGAUCUGAGGAGGAGAGACGCUGAGCUGGAGCAGCUUUCACACACACAGGAUCACAUCCAGUUCCUGCAGAGUUUCCAGUCUCUCUCAGCACCUCCUGAAUCUACAGAUGUAAAUGAUGAUCCCUUCAUUUCUCUCGUCUCUUUUGAUGAUCUGAGAGAAUCUGUCCGUCAGCUGAGAGACACACUGGAGGAUUUCUGCAAAGAGGGGCUAAAGGAGAUCUCAGACAGAGUCACAUUCACCAACGUUGUUCCCAGGACUAGAAACGACUUCCUACAAUAUUCCCAUCAGCUCACUCUGGAUCUGAACACAGUGAAUAAAAAGCUCCAUCUGUCUAAGAGAAACAGAGUGAUUACUUACACUGACACAGAUCAGCCGUAUCCUGAUCAUCCAGACAGAUUUGAUUAUUGGUCUCAGGUGUUGUGUAGAGAGAGUGUGUGUGGACGCUGUUACUGGGAGCUGGAGUGGCGUGGAGGUGAAAAUGGUUUUGUGCGUAUAUCUGUGUCAUAUAAGAGCAUCAGAAGGAAGGGAUCAGGUGAUGAGUGUGUGUUUGGAUCUAAUGAUCAGUCCUGGAGUUUGAUCUGCCGUUCCUCCAGUUACUCAUUCAGACACAAUAACAUACAGACUGAUCUCUCUGUGAAGUCCAUCAGCAGUAGAAUAGGAGUGUUUGUGGAUCACGGAGCAGGAACUCUGUCCUUCUACAGCGUCUCUGACACAAUGAGCCUCAUCCACACAGUCCAGACCACAUUCACUCAGACGCUCUAUCCUGGGUUUAGUGUUUGGUCUGGGUAUUUUACUGAAUCAUCAGUGAAACUGUGUUGAAGAAUAAGAAUAGACUGAUGAGAGAUUCUACCCAUAAUGCUUUAAGCUGCAUGAUAAAUCAGUAACAGUGAGAUGUUAUAGUCUAUUCUUUUUUCUUCAUGACAUUAAUACUGCAGCUUUACUUCUGUCAGUGAAAUAACAUCAGAAUAAAUACAGUAUGUGUAAUACAUCCUCAUAUAGACAGUAAGAUCAGUGUGUGUGAGAGUCUUGCUGAGUGACCAUGUGUUUCUGUGCUUUUCUCAACCUCUAUUUGUGUUGAUGGAAAUCACUUAUUUAGUUACUAAUACAUAUGUGUUGUUUAAUAGGCUAAAGAGUGAAGACAAUUACUUUGCCGGAAUAUGCAUACAUUUUUUUUCUGAAGGCCCGUGCUACAUCAGCUGUAGUUGUUGAUGACUGGUGAUCUUUUACAUGAUAAUGACAUUAAUUAGGUGAUAUUUACAAGGCAGAGAACUGAAACCAUUCUUUUGCGCGCAAGUUCAAGAUCAUUUGCAAUUCAUAGAUUUCACAUCCGAAAGAGACGCGUACUUGCGUUUUAUGUAUGUACGUUCAUUUUAUGAAUCACACGUACGCAUAUUUGAGAGAUUAUCGUAAGAUCAAAUUUAAGAUGCUUUCUGCACAACAUUUUAUAAAUGAGGCCCGAAGUGAUAAUUAGUUUUACCGUUACUUUUCCCAAUAUUUAAGCAUUUCCACAUAACUGGAUAUCGGUUUAGUAACUCUUUAGUAAAUAAUUGUAAUAGGUUGUGCGUUUCAGCAUGCUAUUGGACACGACCCUCAAUUUAUGUCUGAGUAGUGGGCAGAGAUGCUGGAAUGCUUGGAUUGCAGCUUCACCAAACCACAGCAUUUCACCUGCAGACAAAUGUCCUUUGAAAAUGUUUUCAUCACUCUAGUCUGACACACGACAGAAAGGUGUAGCGGUUACCUUGAGUCCUGCUGGGUCUGUGAACAGCUCCUGAGGAGGAGGAAUCUGCAAACUUCCUCAGUGGAGUUGGUGUAUGAUCAGACGCUGCGUGUCCACAUUUAAUUUCAGACAGAAACUGACGAAGACCAAACUUACUGCUGACUGUUACUGCACAUCUCCAGCUACAGUGUGUGACGUCUGUACUGGAAGAAAAUACAAAGUCGUCAAGUCCUGAACUCUUACUGUUCUUACUCUUACUCAAACUCAUUUUGAGCAUCAUGAGGAGUUUCAUUCUGGUAAACGACACAAAGUGAUUGAGGUGUCAACUGCAGUAAAGAGGAUAGAGAAAGAGGUGAGGACUAAUGAGAAAUGAAAUGAAAUGUGUUAAGAGGAAACAAUAAGGAUGUAACAAUGUUCUUUAAUGGCAAUAAAUUGUCAUUAUAAUAAAUACUGAGUUGUAUCACUGAAAGUGUAUUUUGUAAUAAUAAUCAACUAACUCAAUAUUAUCCCAUUAUAUUAACUGUAGUAUACAUUAUAUUGGUAUUAGCAGGCUAAUAUUAAUCCAGGGGGUAUUUAUUCAGUUGCUGAUGUAAAUAGCUAGCCAAAUAUUUUUUUAUUUUCUUUCAUGCUUUGUCACAAAUGUAUGGAAGCCUGUUUUUGUCACAGAAUUAAAAUAAGUAAGUUAAUAAAUAAAUAAAUAAAGAUCA